AUGUGCAAUGCUUUAAGCACGAAUUCAGUUACCUCGUCAAACAAGCUAAAGAGGAAUAAGAAAGGUGAAUCAAAAACAAAAUCAAACUUUUCUGCAAGAAGACUAAACCUAGAUUUCGAAUUUCAUACACCUAAGACAACUCCAAUACCACACUCUCCAAGACAAAAUGACUUACCUAUCAAUAUUAAGGAAGUUAAUGUUAUUGAGUGUCAGGAAGAAAGAACUCAGGAAAAUUGCGAGAAGAAGAGCACCACUUGCGAGUCCCACACAUCCCCGGCGACUAAUCAACAGGUCAACUGUAAUAAUAACUCGGUACCUGAAUGUAGACAGCCGGCAUCAGCGUCGUCAGUAUUACUGGUGCACCUGGGUGCGGUGGGUGCGCUAGCGAGCGGUGCAGCGCUGUGCGGGGGCGGGGGUGCCUGCGUCUGCAGCGCUCUACUGCAUGCGCUGCAUCCGCUGCAGCUAUGGACUGUGUGUGGCCUACAUGCUGACCGAGCUGCUGCCAUUGCUGCACCGCUGCAUUAUGCUGCUAUCGUGUCUGCCAAGAAGGUAUUAAUUUGCGUGGCAAGUGGAUGGGUAGCAACGGCAGCUUUACUAGCUCCACUGGCAGCAGCGCAGCCACCCCUGGCGUAUAGCGCUGGACUGGGUAACUGCGCGCCAGACUGUGGAGCUGGACCAGCUGCACUUGGUUUUUGCAUCGUGUACGCUUCGCUCACGUUGAUCCUGCCUGCUGCACUCGUCCUCCUCUGCAGCCUAAAGAUCCUCCGCAUUGCACGCUACCAUCGACACAGGAUCGCAGCGGCCAUAUAUGAAGUGACCCUAUCAGCACAAGUGACAGUGACACACCAAAGAAAUCCAUUCUCCCCUCCACCACCACCACGCAGGAGGGCACUGUCGGCAGUACUUCAGCCUCUAGGUUCACUUGCCAUAUUAUACUUUCCUUAUUACUGCGUGUUGAUAUGGCCAGCAGUGGCGGUGCCUCCACAGCCACUAGCUGCUCUAUCUGCUGCUCUUUUAGCAGCUGCACCACCAGUGAAUGGUAUCUUAUACGGUAUAAGGAGUCGAGCAUUGCGUGAUUCACUUCGUAAUUAUAGGAGAAAACGAAUGACAAAAAGCGAAGUGACACAAGAGAUACAGGCGAGGACUCCCAGUGCAUGUGGAUCUAGACGACCCUCGUUAUCUGCUGGCUCAGGCUGUAUACGACCCCCGACUACUAGGAGAUUAUCGGACGCAGCUGCGAUGGGUUCAAGAGGCUCAGAGCGACCAGCACAACGUGCAGCAUCUUGCAACAUGCUGCAAGACUCGCAGGAAGAGGAAGUAGUGCCACGACCUCGGACGUCGGCUAUCCCUAUAAUCCGAGCUCCUCCACACGUGGUCCUUGGUCGCGCUCUAGGUCUUGAGGAGAUGGGUGGUACGCGCGAUCGGCGACGUCGCCAAUCGCCACGUAUCACGGUGACGCGUGCCAUGUCAGAUGAGAGUGAGUCGCCGACGCGGCGGCCGCUGUGUCGGCAGCAGUCGCGGUCGAGCGGGGCUCUGCUGGGCGGCGUGCCAUACUCGCCCGCCAUCUCGGAGCACGUGCACCUGGACAGCCACGCUGAUGAGCAACUACUGCUGACCUGGCCACAGAACGGCACUCACGAGAAACACGACGCUUUAUAA